AUGCCAAUCGUACUUGGACGGGAAGUCGGCCCAAUAGGCUUUGGCUUGAUGGGCCUCACAAUUCGACCCGAUCCCAUACCAUAUGAUGAAGCAGUCAAAGUGAUGAAACGAUCCUUGGAGCUAGGGGCCAACUUGUGGAAUGCCGGCGAAAUCUACGGGCCACCACACGCAAACUCGCUCCAUCUGCUUGAAUAUUAUUUCAGAAAGUACCCAGAGGAUAGCGAGAAGGUGGUUUUGAGCAUCAAGGGCUGUUUUUCCUUUGCAACCGGCCCCGAUGGUAGCCCAGAGGGCGUCCGCAAGAGUGUUGAGAAUUGCCUUGAAAUUCUCCAAGGAAGAGUAUUCAUAAGCAUUUUUGAGCCAGCACGUGUGGAUCCAAAUGUCCCUAUUGAAAAGACGGUAGAGGCUCUUGUAGAAUAUGUCAAGGCUGGUAAAAUAGGUGGAAUCGGGCUGAGCGAGUGCAGCGCAUCAAGCAUCCGUCGAGCGCAGGCGGUUCACCCUAUCUCCGCAGUGGAAGUUGAAUUGUCUCUCUUUUCUCGCGAAGUGUUAGAAAAUGGCGUUUCAGUUGCUUGUGCUGAACUGGACAUUCCGCUUAUCGCCUACUCGCCCCUUUCUAGGGGAUUCCUAACUGGCCAGGUCAAGAGUCUCGAUGAUAUACCUGCAAAUGACUCGAGAAGAAACCUCCCUCGCUUCCAGCCAGAAACCUUCGAGUUGAAUAUGCGCCUUGUCAACCAAGUCCAAAACAUCUCGGCCGCCAAAUCUAUUCCUAUGACUCAGACGGCCAUUGCAUGGGUGUGCUCUCAAGGUCGUCCGACCACGCCUCGGGCUCCGCAGGUCAUACCGAUCCCAGGCUGCACUACCGUCGCUCGGGUAGAAGAAAAUCUCAAGAAAGCCACCCUGGAACAAAAUUAUCUCUCCGAUAUCGAUGAACUCUUGAAGCAUACCUCGGUACACGGUGACAGAUAUGGCGGCAAAGUUGCAGCUUACAUGAACGGCUAA